GAUGUAAGAAGUAUAUAAUUCGAUUUGAUGUUGUGUUUUUAUAGACGAUCAGAAAAUCCACUUACGCAGAAUUAUAUACUAACUUAGAGAAUUUGUUCCAUAUACUCGGCACGAAAUAUGAAAUCAAACUCUUAAUAAUGGCAAGAAUCAGUGCAUUUUCACUAUCCAAUACGAAAUACAUAAUUGCAAUUCCUCUGCUACUCUUUUUAGCAUUCGUCAUAGUGCUUUGCUUUCCUGCUGUUAAAAAGUCAGAAAAUUUAUCUGCUAACAUUUCAAGACUUUCCUCAUCUGUUCAAGCAUUACUACUUCGUCAAAUCACGGAACUAAACAGUAAGGUUAUAUCACCCCUGGAAGACAGAAUUGCUGCUUUGGAAAAGUCGAAUAAAAAUUACCCAAAAGUUAAAUCCCUGGCUGAAAAAGAUCGUAAGCGCAUAUUGAUAACUGGAGGUGCAGGUUUUGUUGGUUGUCAUUUAACGGAUGCGUUAAUGUUAGCUGGUCAUGAAGUGACAGUUGUGGACAAUUUUUUCACCGGAAGAAAAAGUAACCUUGAACAAUGGGUUGGUCAUGAGAACUUUGAACUUAUAAAUCACGAUGUUGUUGAACCAUUGUACAUAGAAGUGGACCAAAUCUACCAUCUUGCAUCACCAGCUUCUCCGCCUCAUUACAUGUACAACCCAAUCAAGACCAUAAAAACAAAUGCGAUUGGAACUUUGAAUAUGCUUGGGUUAGCAAAAAGAGUUCAUGCCAGAUUGUUGCUAGCAUCUACAUCGGAAGUGUAUGGAGACCCUGAAGUUCAUCCUCAACCCGAGACCUAUUGGGGACACGUUAACACAAUUGGAUCACGUGCUUGUUACGAUGAAGGAAAACGCGUGGCAGAAACUAUGUGUUACGCUUACGCGAAACAGGAGCGAGUACAAGUCCGUGUUGCAAGAAUAUUCAACACAUAUGGUCCUAAGAUGCAUAUGAAUGAUGGUCGGGUGGUUAGCAACUUUGUUCUUCAAGCUCUGCAAAAUGAACCUAUUACAAUUUACGGUUCUGGUAAACAAACAAGAUCGUUCCAAUAUGUCAGCGAUCUUGUGAAUGGUUUAAUUCUCUUGAUGAACAGUAACAUGUCACUCCCAGUUAAUAUUGGUAAUCCUGAAGAGCAUACAAUCGAAGAGUUUGCACAACUUAUUAAAAAGCUUGUCGGUAGCAGGUCGAAAAUUGUGUUCAAGCCGGAACAAGAGGAUGAUCCACAACGGAGGAGACCGGAUAUAAACAGAGCGUAUGAUCAUCUCAGAUGGAAACCCAAGGUUGCGUUGUUUGAUGGAUUAAACAAAACGAUUGAAUAUUUCCAAAAAGAAUUGCAAAAGGGUUUAAUCAGCGAAAACAAAAAUUUAUAAACAGACACUUUUGUAUGUUGCAUAUAAACACUGCUCCACCAUGAUCAUAUCGUAUUAUGCUAAACCUCCUAUACACGUCACACCCAGAAUUAAGCUAAACUAUUUUUAUCUAGAAUGGUCUCAUUUUGAACCAGAGUUUAGAUUCGUUUUUUUUGGAGAUUUCUCUUCAUAUAGCGUCUUCAAUCGGCAUAGCAGCGUCAUUAUACAAGUUUCUGUAUCCUUUACUGGUAUUUGAUAACAAAAUGCUUAAAUUUGUUUUUUUUAAAAAAAAAUGGAGUAGAAUUUGUAUUUUUAACAAAUUUAUUAUGUAAUGUUUUAUGAAUUUAAAUUUUAAAUUUAUCUGUUAGGAAGCCAAACUCUUCCAGUAAGUUAUUUCACAAAACUGUUGCACCCUUUAAGUGAUCAGAGCGUGAUAUCUUCGAUUGCGACAAAAGAUUAUGACAACAAAAGCUAGCAAAACUCCAUUGCGACAAGUUACAAAUAUCACUAAGUGGGAAUCAGCCUUAGCGCGUACCUUGUCGGCUCUUGUUACACCAGUCCGUUUUAGCUUUCUGUUGUAAAUAUUCACGCCCCAAGUGUCUCACGUCAGGCUCCCCCUUUUAAAAAUUAACCCUCAUGUCCAAAGGACCAGCAUGGUAUCUAAUAUUUAUUUAUGAAGAAAACCUUCGGAAAUUUAUUCUAUAUGUCAAGCAGUUUCAAAUACACCUUUCCCGAGACCAUGAGUAAUACUUUUUUUUAACUCGUAAAAUAUGAAUACCAUAUUUGAAUUCAGCAUAGUUUGUUUAAUUUAUGUAAAAAAGUUUAACUUGAUACGCCAACAGAAAGUGGUAUUUUGAGGAGAUAUAUAUCACAGUUAAAGUCUUCUUAAUGCUCAAGUUACCAUGUCCCGUCUCGUUUUCAAAAAGAGGUUGGACAUUCCACAAAUCUUUAAAUUAGAAUAGCAGGUUGUUUACUUGCUGCAUUGUUUCGAAAUUUUCUUUGUUUAUGACAUUUUUGAUAAGAAAUUCAAAUCUGUUGUCCGUUUUUCAUAAAACUUAACAGAAAAAGUUGCGGCACAUCAAAAGAAUAAGUCUCGGGAAAGGUGUAUUGAUCGUGAGUCCACCAAAUUUGACUUUGGUACCUCGUGACAAGAAAAUUUAUUUGUUAUUUAAGGAGAUAAUUUAUAUAUGAAGUUUAUGAAUUUAUUAAAUAAGAAUAUAUUUAUUAUAUACUUGUCA